AUGCUAUUCAAGGCAUUAUUCUCCGUGCUCGCCGCAGCCUCGACCAGCGUCGCGUACGUCGUCAACAAUGGCACCACAUGCUAUGUGUACCCAGAGUCCCUGACACACUUUGGGCAGCCCGUAGACGACACUCCCUCAAUCCUGCAGGCGUUUGAGCUGUGCGGGACCAACGGGACGGUCGUGCUCACGAACAACACGUUCUACGUCAACCAGGUCAUGAACACGACGGGCCUCGUCAACUGCGACGUCGAACUGCACGGCGAGAUGGUCUGGAGCGACAACAUUCCCUAUUGGCUGGGCCACAGCUACUCGGUCGUCUACGCCAACCUGUCGACGGCGUGGUUCUUUGGCGGCGAGAACGUGACUUUCAAGGGAUUUGGGAAGGGCCGGUUUAAUGGGAAUGGCCAGGCGUGGUACGACGAGAACCGCAACAACAGCAACCAGCCCGGAAGGCCGAUUGCAUUCACGAUUCUCAACGCGAAGAAUCUGUGGAUGGACGGCGUGUCGUGGAGCCAGGCGCAGUUCUGGCACUCGUUCAUCUCGCACUCGCAGAACGUCAGCAUGACCAACAUCUACAUGAACUCAACCAGCAACGACACAUGGUUCACCGUCAACACGGACGGCUCUGACACGUGGAACUCCCGGGAUGUGUUUUAUACCAACUGGACUGUUCUCGGAGGCGACGACUGCAUCGCCAUCAAAGGCAACAGCACCAACAUCAUCUCCAAGAACAUCACCUGCUACCACACGCACGGCAUGCCCAUCGGCUCCGUCGGCCAACAGCCCGGCCACCCGGACUUCGUGCAGGACAUCGUCUACGAGGACGUCCACCUGAUCAACUCGACCAACGGCGCGUGGAUCAAGGCGUGGCAGGGCCGCUCGCAGUCCGUGACCAACAAUGGAGGCAGCGGCGGUGGCGGCGGCGGGUACAUCAAGAACGUCACGUUCCGCAACUUCGUGCUCGAGAACGUCGGACAGCCCAUCAGCGUGACACAGUGCGUGUACGGACACGACCCCAGCGUAUGCGACACGAGCGAGCUGCAAAUCUCCGACGUCACCUGGGAGAACAUCACCGGAACAUCGCAUUUCGACGUCGCCUCGGUGAUCCACUGCUCCCCGCUCGUGCCGUGCCCCGGGAUGAAGUUCAUCGACGUGAACAUCACCACCGUCAACGCCUCGCUGGGCAGACCGAGCCUGCCGGAAGUCAACGUGUGCGCGAACAUCGUGGACCAGAACGCAACGGGAGCAAACGCCACAGGCAUCCCGUGCCACGGGUUUGCGCCAAACGACAUGCCCAACGUCCUCUACCGCAACUGGCCCGAGCUGCUGCAACAGGUCAUUCUCAGCGUCGUCGUCCCGGAGGCGCAAAGAGAUAAUUGUCUGCACCCGGGACCCGAUCCGGCGGCUGCUGGGUGCGCGCCGCCUCCCUACUGA